AUGGGCUCUGGCGCUUGCAAGGGGGUGUGUGUUGCCGUCCAGGAUGCCACGGACGAGGACCUCCUCUCAGUGUUUGCCGCCUGGCCUUCUGAUCAGAAGCAGCGAGUCAGCGGCCUCCUGAGCAGCUGCAGCAAGCCAGGAAAGGGGGACAAGGAGAAGGCAGACCUGGACGAAGCCAUCUCCAAAGCUGAGGAAUCCGCAGGUGUGAAAGAGAAAGAGCCCAACAGCUUGGCUACAACUGCAGCAGAGAGUGCCGCUCCAAAGGCCACCAAGACGUUGGAUGACAAGCAGGUCAAGCAGGUGCACUCCGCCUUCCGGUGGGGCAAAGCUGUGCCAGAAAUUGAACAGGUUGUCAAGGAAUGGGGCGAUGGGUCGACUAUGGCAGAUGCACUCGCAGCUUUGGAUCCCGUCAAUGGCAACCGGGCUUUGCACAUCGCUGCGCAGAACGGGCAUAUGUCUUUGACGAAGUACAUCCUUGAGCAGCGUGCUGAUGCCAACGCCCAGAACGGCAACGGCCAGACUGCACUCCACAUGAGCGUGGAGUAUGACAUGUACUUCCAGUCCAAGAUGCUUCUCGAUGCUGGAGCGGAUCCCAACAUCAAAAAUGCUUCCGGGCAUGCUGCUCUUACAGGCCUUGAAGGCACCAAGAUCAACCAGGAUGCCUGGAACAAUGCAAUGAAUAUCCUCAAGGCCGCAGGUGAUGAUGCCGAAGAGAUGAAGGCUGCUUUCCAAGCCCUCGAAGCCGCAAAGCCCGAGGAGACUUGGACCGCGCGGUGCUAG